AUGGAUGUGAUAGUGGGCCAGCGGUCAUGUCUUGACUGGAGCUGGUUGAAGAGGCGUCGUUCAAAGCCAACACCGCCCUCGCAUAAUGGUAAGUACAGGCCAGUCAGAAAACUCGAGUGUUUUGUUUAGCUUGGAACUGUGAACAUGAUGAAUGGUCGGACGGAGUGGGGAAAGGAGCAUGCAGGCACAAGACACCGAGUGGGGCUGUGGAAACAGUUGUCGCAACCUUACGAACACUUCGAGGUCACGCAGUGUCCAGCAUGAAGACCCUUGAGUGGGUGUCUACAUUUAGACCCUACCUACCGAGGCCUUUUGGUGCCACCGCAAACGUUAUAGUAAGUGCUUUGCGACCGCGAGAACAAAGACUACGGGGGUUGGGGUGGCCGCUGCAUGCCCGCGGGCACAUAGUAGACAGCGGGUACUAUACGCUGUUCACUGCAGACAUUCACGCCAUCUCCCGACGCAACCUCCCUACCUAGGUGGAAACGUCGGUGACGUAAAUUAAUCAGGUUGUGCUAAACAUACGUAGUUUGGACAGAUGGGUGACUUGACAUUUAGUUCUGGGUUCCAUAUUUAAAGUUCGAAUGUUGCAUUACUCUCUUACCAGUGGAUAGGCUGUGGGGAAUCAUAAGAGCAACGUUGCGCCUCUCGCUAGCGCCUGCGCCUACGCCCUAGCGAAAGCCUUUUUAGGUACACACGUCUGCCCGGCUUAGAUUAGUCUCUUUGCAAUUCACUGUCUGUACCACGCAUCUGGUCGAUCCUCUGCCUGCACCAUGGGAGGCUUGUCACUAAUUUCGCGUGGACACGGAACCAGUCAACGCAACUCCUCCCGCUGAUUGGUUUACCACAGGCGGCCACAGUCCAGACCACCGCGUAAACAAUCUGUCACGACACUUGCAGCGGCGACUUUCGGUGACAAAUGGCUCGUUGCCCACGCGGACGACGCCUCCGGGGCGCCGGCCGCACAAUCGUCCGGUUGCAAACUUUCCACUAUCCAUCUGUACAGACUAAAAUCCUACACCCAAGUGGCGUCCCGCCUCAAACAACAUGGGAUAUGGCCUGAAGUCGUGGCGCACUGAGUACACACCAUCAUUGCUUAGUCGCAAGGCAGUUUGUCCGUGAUCGGCAAAGGUACUCACAGGAAGGAAAUGACUAGUUGUUUCAGUUUUAAUCUCUUAAAUUAUUAUCGCUCGCAACAACGGUAUCCGUUAUUUUUUCACUUGUUGGUUUACUGUUCGUAAUAUUUACAGUAUUUAGUGGUAUGCAUAUUGACGAAAAUAGUAGUAGUAGUAGUAGUAGUAGCAGUAGCAGUAGCAGUAGUAGUAGUAGUAGUAGUAGUAGUAGUAGUAGUAGUAGUAGUAGUAGUAGUAGUAGUAGUAGUAGUAGUAGUAGUAGGGGAUUACACAACGCCAUCAGGUGUUCUGCAGAAUGAUGAGUCGAAGUAAACUUCGGUACACAGGCUAUCUAAUGCGCGCUUGCGGUAUCAUUAUUGGUUGUCGUAGACUGAGCAGUCCAUAUAGCCCACAUCGUAUUUGCAUUAGGAGAGCACCAUCAGCAGCAGGAUCUGCAGUGUCAUAUCUCGAAGUGAUUGUGCAGCAACAUCUUCUGCUUGCGCUAUCGGCACUGCCUGCGCAUACGAAAAUUGCUGAUGGAAGGACUGAUCUUCCAUAUGCAGUCCAAUGUCCCCCAGUAUUACUUCCAUUUUUAGCCAGGUACACAAGCCUUACCUUUUCCGUGGUUUACGCAGCAUACACAUGUUUUCGCGUGGGGACUAGCAUAGUAAGUUUUACAGAAGUGGCAGUACCGGCACAGCCUUACACCCGGUAAGACUUGCAGUAGGUCUGCUCGACACACCCAUUCCGACCCACAACCUGCGUUUACACUAGUGGCAGCAGUCCUGAUCUAAUCCAUCACUUCGACAUAUCAAUCAUGUAGGCGUAUUACUUGCUUAUUUAUUCAGUUACUGCUAACAGUAUUCGUCUUAACCAUUAGUUCUCCUAUCUGCUGUUCGGCAGAUAAAGGUAACAGUGACAUUCUUAGUAAUAUCAGCCAGACAUACAUUAGGUGUGGUAACUCAUGAAAUGUUAACCUGAUUUCUGAAGUGUGUUUUCGUUUCGAAAAGAUUACUUAAGAGGAUUUUGAAACUAGUCAUCACGCAGCCUAAUUAUAUUAUAAUUCCUUUACCACGGGGUGCUGGCUUUCGAAAGAACUUCUUUUCGGUUGCAUGCAAAACCGACACUUGGCAAAAAAGAGCUACUGGACAUCACGAGUUUUUCUUAUUGGCUUUCGAUGCCCUCGCCAAUUCAAUUUAUUUCAUGGGGAACAUGCAUGACGUUAUUCAUUCUUUCACUAAUUCAGUUGGAAAUUACGUCUUAUUUCAAUGUUAUACCCGAAGGAAGGGUAUAACUUGGUUUUCAAAACCUUGUCCAAUUCCCCAAUAAUUUUUAAUUCGAGCUGCGGUUGCCUUGCAUUCAGCCUUUACAGCCUACAAACCAUAGGUUUUCGGAGUACGGAAACCUUACAUUUCUCUGCGGUAUUAGGUGGAAACUAUAAGCGGUUCAUUAAAUUUGACAGUGGAUUUUAGUUAUAUUGUAAGCCUUACAUGCACCAUUGCUAACUGCUAAAACAAAAUGUUUACUGGAGGGGCUUUUCACGGUAUUAGAACAUCUAAUGAUUAGAAACCAUUUUUAAAAUCGAAUUGUACCCUACCUACAAGUAUAAAUUUGGUUGAAGACCUAAUUUUCUGCCAAUGGAAGCGAACAGCCGAGUCCCAGGAAGUAGUCUUGAAGAAGGAGACACGAUCGCCGGGACAAGAGCUUUAUUAGCCUGACGUUUCGGAUUCCUACUCCAAUCCAUCAUCAGAGACAAAAGAGCAGAAACGGGUGGUUGUUGCACAAGGGGCUGCGGUAUUUAUAGGAUGCAGCAGCCAUGCUACCGCAUACCUAUGAACGUUCACGGUUUCCCCCUUCAUCCGGGAUUGUCACACUUGGUGUGAUCAUUGCUUGAUGGCCGACAUUCGAGUCGAUAAUUGCUGCAAUUACAUCACGUGCGCUGGAUGUUGGCGUGAUGAUUGCUCGACCAUCUGACGCGUUGACCUGGGUGUUGGGAAGAGUGUUCACUAGUGCGCUCCCCGCGUGGCCAAUUACUCCGCCUAGACGAAGUCUCAGCACGCUGUAUUGAAUGGGAAGAUCGUUGCAGCAGUGGCGUCCUGGCGAUCGAGACAAUUGAACUGCUACUACAAAGCAAAUAUGAUGAAACGGAGAACCGUCUUGGACACGGCCAAAUACUUCAGCUCCUGAAGCUCAGUCUCAGGACGUACUUCACGUUCGACAGGACAAUCUACGAACAGGUGAACGGCACACCAAUGGGUUCGCCGAUUUCAGGAUUCAUCGCCGAGGCGGUCCUGCAACGGUUAGAGUCGCUGGUUUUCCAACACCACAGACCGAAAUUCUGGGCCCGGUAUGUGGAUGAUACCUUCAUCGUCAUCGAACGGGAUCAGGUGUUGACGUUCCAAGAACAUCUCAACGCCGUCUUCCCGGAUAUUCUAUUUUCGAUGGAGGAGGAAGAGAACAACCAGCUGGCCUUCCUGGAUGUCCUCGUAUGUCGCAAAGAUUGUGGUGGAGUAGAGACCAAAGUGUUCAGGAAAGCGACAAAUACGAUGCAAGUACUGAACUUCAACAGUAACCAGCCAAUCAGCCACAAACGCAGUUGUCUAAGGACGCUCUUUCGGCGUGUCGAAACGCACUGCAGUGAGCCGGAAGACAAGAUUGCUGAACUACAAUACCUCCGACGGGUCUUCAAAGCCAAUGGCUACCCGCGCAACUUCGUCGACCGGUGCAUACGCAAAAGGGACGAAAGGCCUAACCGCACGGACACCAAAUCUUGGCGGGCACUUCCGUAUGUCAAGAACGUUUCGGAAGCUGUCGGCUGCCUUCUCGCACCACUUGGGAUUGGAGUGGCACACAGACCGGAGGCAACCAUCAGGCGUCUGAUCAUGAAACCGUAA